UGGACAUUAAUCCAAAAGCACGCAGACUCCACGGGAUCUUUAUUUUUUUGGGGGGCGCACAAUGCAUUUCUGUCACAUUGGCUUGACUUUGCUGAUGCUCGUGGCUCCAGCGUCCCCGGGCGAGCAGCAGCAGCAGACGCUGCAGUCCUCCGCCUCCGCCUCCGCCUCCGCCGGGCCUGAGGACCCCUCGGAGCCGUGCGCCACCUGCGACGUGCGCCAGCAAAUCAAAAGCAUGCGCCUGAACGCCAUCAAGUCGCAAAUCCUGAGCAAGCUGCGCAUGAAGGAGGCGCCCAACAUCAGCCGCGACGUGGUCAAGCAGCUCCUGCCUCGGGCGCCCCCGCUGCAGCAGCUGCUGGACCAGUACGACGUCCUGGGGGACGACAACCGCGACGCGGUCGCGGAGGACGACGACGAGCACGCCGUCACCGAGACCGUCAUGAUGAUGGCCACGGAACCUGAGCCGACGGUCCAAGCGAACGGCUUGCCGAAAUGCUGCUUGUUCUCCUUGGCCCAAAAGUUCCAAGCGAGCCGCAUCUUCCGGGCCCAGCUAUGGGUCCACCUACGGGCGGCCGAGGAGGCCACCACCGUUUUCCUGCAGAUCUCCCGCCUGACGCCGGCGUCCAACGGCGGCGGGCGGCACGUGCGUCUCCGCUCGCUCAAGCUAGACGUGAACGCCGGGACGAGCUCUUGGCAGAGCAUCGACGUCAAGCAAGUGCUGAGCGUGUGGCUGCGGCAACCCGACACCAACUGGGGCAUCGAGAUCAACGCCUACGACAACAGAGGGAACGAUUUGGCCGUCACCUCUGCCGAGCCCGGAGAGGAAGGACUGCAACCGUUCAUGGAGGUGAAACUGAACGAGGGCCCCCGGCGUGCCAGGAGGGACUCGGGCCUGGACUGCGACGAGAACUCCCCGGAAUCGCGCUGCUGCCGCUACCCUCUCACCGUGGACUUUGAGGACUUCGGCUGGGACUGGAUUAUCGCGCCCAAACGCUACAAGGCUAACUACUGCUCGGGCGAGUGCGAAUACAUGCACCUGCAGAAAUACCCGCACACCCACCUGGUGAACAAGGCCAACCCUCGAGGGAACGCCGGCCCCUGCUGCACCCCCACCAAGAUGUCGCCCAUCAACAUGAUCUACUUUAACCGCAAAGAGGAGAUCAUCUACGGCAAGAUCCCGUCCAUGGUGGUGGACCGUUGCGGCUGCUCUUGAGCCCCGCCCCCCACGAUAUGAGAGAGAGUAGGGAGCUGUGCAGGGGGGCCACUGCUCUACAAAUCCUUUCGCCCAAAAACACAGAUUCCAGUAUUUUUCCUGGUGCAAUACAACCGCAGUAGAGGCCCCAAUAAGCCGAAAGCUUUCACAUGUGGCAUACUGUAGCUUCGGUUCACUCCUCCGGGAGGAAAUGUUAGCCAUAGACAAGUGUUUCCCAACCUUUACUGAGCCACAGCACACAUUUUUACAUUCGAAAAAUCUCACUGCACACCACCAAACAAAAAUGUCACAACCAACACACACAGACACACACACACACACAAAAGCUUCUCUCAGUCAAGAUGGAUCACGUCAACUUACUUCCUUGACAUCAAUUACUAGAUUGCCUUCCUAUUCAGACACGGCUUCGGUGGGAUGUUGUGGUAUCUUUCGUAUUUUAGUAAAGAGCAAUUCAUGAAUAGCGACCCGAGGGGAUGACUAAAUAACGAUUAUCUGGUCUCCAUUUACUCCAAAAUUGACUUACUCAGUGCAUGUUUGCCAUGAUUUACUCUGUUGUAUGAAUGGCAACAAUUGGAUACGCAGGUUAAUUCUGUAUCUUCUGCCAUCAAGCAGAUAUACAGUAGUAUUUGCAGUAAAUAGUAAUUUAGUGAAAUUGGAAAAUUUUCCCCUGCACAGUGGUUGGGAAUCACUGCCAUAGAGGCUUUAAAUGGCAGAUGGAUGCAAGAACACACAGACACGCACACCUUUCUUUCUUUCUCACACAUACUGUACACACGCAGGCAUGCUCGCACACUUACACACACACACACACACACACGUGAAUGUAGACAAAAAGGAAAAUCUUUUUUUCUUUUUCUGACUCAACAUUCUUUAAUACAAUUAAAAACACACACACCAGUAGAAUACACUGUGUUCCAAAUUAUUAGGCGUAAGCUGUUUUGGUUCAUUUUUCUAAAUAGUGAAUUUUUACAGUUAAAAAAAAAAAAGAAUUAUUAUCAACAAUUAUAUUAGCUUUGAUAAUAAUACAAUAUAAUUUUGCAGGAUUACGCAAAAUAGCACUCCAUGCAUAACAAUAAAUAGGCUGGGAAAAACUUGCAUUUCUGUAAAUUUCUUUUUUUUUUUUUGCAUUUCUUUACAUACAGUAUAAAUCAGUUUUUAAUAAAAUGAAUGCUAUUUUGACCCCCACCCCCACCCCCUCCAAAAAAAAAAAAUAUAUAUAGGAGCCCCUCUUUGAAAUCCCCUGCACAACACUCUCAUCCAUUGAACUUGUAAGUCCAUAGUUAGUUUCUGCCUGGAUCUACCAUCCACCUUCCCCAGGUUCUCAAUAGAGUUGAAGUUAGGGGAUGAUGGUGGCUACAGCAUGAAAUUGUUCUCCCUUUAUACCCAUAGUCCACAAACAGUUGAGUUGAGGUGACUACUCCACCAGCGACAUAAAAAAGGGAACUCCACACCUGAGAUUUAGAACUCAAGCAGCCUUUUGGAUUAGAGGUGUUCUGUCAUCAACAAGCAAGAGUCCAGUUGCCUACAUUAAAUUUUUUGCAGAUUACCAUGAAUGAUAAGGAUGACUGAGAAUGUACAUGGGCAUAUUCAUACGUGUAAACAUACCUACCACGUGUACCCCUAAAUGCCAUUGGAAGUAAAUAGUUCCUUUUUUAAGAAGUCGUAUUGUUACAAUAUCAAGUAUAUAUAUAUAUAUAUAUAUUUGUUUUUAUUUGGGGGGUGGGGAAGUUGUAACGUUAUGAGAAUAAAGUCGUACUUUUUCAAGAUGAAGUCAUAACAUUAUGAUAUUAAAGGUUAAGCAAGGAGGAAAUGUAUAUUUUAAUGAGAAAAUUUCAAAAAUACAACUUUAGUCUCAGCUCCAUUGUCUAAAAAACAAGACUAUUGUUGAAAAAAAUAUGCCUUUUGCUCUUAAAAAAAAAAGUGAAACUUUAUUCCUUUAAUAUGUUUUUUGUACUCAAAAACCCAGCUUCAACAAACUUACUUGACACAAAUUACUGUACUACCUUCCUAUUUAGAGAGGGCUUUGGUGGAAUCUUAGGGCAUUUCAGAAGGAGCACAAAAACUGUGAAUAGGGUAGUUUUUCAAUGAAUAUCAGGGCAGGGGUUCCACAAAAAAAAUAACUAAUUCGUGAAUCGUGACUCACAGAAUUGGGGGAUUACCGCAACAGGGAACAACCGCCUCAAGUAAUUUCUAUUUAAUUAAGCUCAUCUGGGAAACUAAUGAUCAAACCUGUCUGAGAUUGUCAUCAGUGACCUAAACAGAGAGGAGAAACUGCAUCAGAAACACUAGAAGGUUUAACCUAAAUCCUGUAUGCAUAAUGAUGUGGAACGCAGUCUAACAGACAUGGAAAAAAAAUAAAAUAAAAAAAUGCACCAUAUGCUCCUCACUUUACAAUUCCCUCUAUAUAUGGACUCCGGAUGUGAUUAAAAAACACUGAGGAUAACACUUACUGAGGAUGGACUCAGAUGUUCCAAGCCAAAGAGCUUUCUAGCUCCAUUUACACCAACCAGAACAACAACAACAAGAUCCCUAUGGCCCACUCAGUACAGGAUGCUUCUUAAAAUCAUACUCACAGGAUAAAAAAAGAACUUGAACUGAAGGCACAAAGAAUGCAGUGUUAAAGACAAAAGUAGAUUGUCGAGAUUGUAUGAAUGUUGACAUCAUACAGUACAUAUACUCUGUACAAUGCAGUUUGCACUAUGGCACACCAAAAGGAAACAAUUGGUGGCUACUAAAGUUGUAAAAACUGAUUUUGAUAUGUUUGUAUUGUAUACAUAUGCAUUUGUUUUUUCUUAACACACAUGAAUAAAACUGCAAUUUAGCAGAUGUAAUGCAGAAACUCAAUAUACUGUACCUAUUUUACCAAAUAAAGUU